AUGUGCAGAACCAUCGCGGGAGAUAAUGAACUCGUGAUUACCACUUACGUCGCCGGCUUACAGUAUCAGGACUAUAUCCCUCUGUACAUAUACUUUGCCCUUCUCGCCUACCCCGAUGCGUUUGUGGCCGUGUAUCUCCAGGAUAGUCUGCACCCGGACAUAGGCCUGAAGUUGGAUGUAAUUCCUUCAGAUAGGUGGUGUGUGCACCAGACCUAUAAGACCAAACUGUCCCAAUCCGGACAUGCCAGUCUGAUGCGUGCGUUUCUCAAUGCCGAGUUUCUGCAACAGUUCAAGUACCAAUAUGUGGGCGAUGUAGAUGUCUUCAUACUCAGAGAGACACCCUCUCUAGUAAAGCAGCAUGUGCAGCACAUGCAAAUGAUAGGGGAACCGUACAGCAAUGUAGACCGAUACGUCAUGGGAAUGCCUGAUAAGAUCGACAAAGGUCACAAGUGCCGAGCGGCCGAUUGCCAUCGAGUCACAGGCCUGCAUUUCUUCGAGACAAAACCCUACAUGGCCAGGAUCAAGCACGCCCAGGCCAAGUGGGAAGGCUUCUUGGCGCAGAUGGGAGGGAAGAAGAUGUGCAGCUCAAUACUAAAUGUGCGGAAGUUGGCCUGGUGCGAUGAGACGCUGCUGUAUAGGAUCAUAACCGAUUCAGGCAUGAGUGUACCCACUCGCCAGCAAUGGUUCAGGCCCCACCACGGGGUGCACAUCCGCAUCUACAGCAAGGGGCGAAAGGCCGUCCCGGAAUACGCACGUCAACUAGAAGCGGUACUACACAACCACCUGGAAGCUCUGGUGCCAUACAUCUACGACCAUGGCAAUCAGUCGGAACUGGCCUUAUGCAUCUCCACGUUCCUGCAGAAAGAAAACUACGAUCUGUACUCAGAAUAUCGAGUGUACGCUCAGAGCAAGUACAAGAUCAACAUCUCACCCACGUACAUCUACAGGAACGAGGCGGUACAGGUCGCGGCAAAGCGUUCUCGCCCAAAGACAAACAUACCUCGAAAGGUACGCAAUCGAUCGCUGAUGAAGACGAGCCAGCGUCUUGAACCCCGCUUGUAUAUCACUAGCACCUGACUAUACAAUCAUAGUCGCAAAAUGUCUUGGAAUCCAUUCAUACUCCAAGCAUCAGACUAUAACAGUUUCAGUCUCAAAAUGUCUUGAAAUCCAGCCACACACCAAGCACGAGACUAUAACAAUUAGUCUCAAUGUCUUGGAAUCCAGCCAUACACCAAGCACGAGACUAACAGUUUUAGUCUCAAAAUGUCUUGGCAUCUACAUCAAGCACCUGACUAUGUCAAAUAUAGUCUCAAAGUGUGUCCUGAACCCCACCCAUACACCAAACACCUAUUUCCGAGAUAUUCUCAAAGUGUGUUGAACCCCGCCUAUAUUACAAGCGCCUAACUAUUUCAAUAAUAGUCUCAAACUGUCUGGAACUCCACUCAUAUACCAAGCACCAUACUAUAUCAAUUAUAGUCUCAUAUUAUUCUGAAAUCCAAUUCAAAUACCAAGCACAUGACUGUUCUAAAAAUAGUUUCAGAGCGUCCGGGAAUCCACUUAUAUACUAAGCACCGGACAAGUUCAUAUAUAUUCUCAGAGUGUAGUGUUAUUGGGCGUACUUGGAGCGCUCUACAUCACAAUUUCUGACAGUAUUAGUGGAUAGAGCCAGAGCCCUCUUAUCCUGUAGGUUGUUCCGGAAUGCCAAGCAUACCUGCCUGUGCAGAAAGCCUAAAUAUGGUGAACGUUCGAGAGUUGAUGGUCACUUCUGUGCCGGAAUUACGAUUAGAUAUAACGGUAUUGUUGACUCGGGCGGAUGUGCACGGUCUUGUAUGCGAUCGUAUCUGAAGUGCAGGUAUAUGUAGGCAGUAUAUAUAUAUAUAUAUAUAUAUACACGUAUACAUACGUAUGUGCAUUCACAAUAUGAUACAAAUGCUGUCAAAAACCUCCAUAGAGGAAUGCGUAGACCUAGUGUAUCCACGCAGAGAGAUGUGUGAUCUCUACUAUGGGGCUUACACUGAGUCGUCAGUAUAACUGGUGAUAUGCUGUGGGUACGUAGAGUCCGAGACAAACACUGACUAUAGCUUAGAAUGUCCCUGCUGGCUGAGAUACCCGAAAUCAGACGCGCACACGGGUCUGGUGAGGAAGAAACGCAGUUGUACAAAACCUGGUAAUCAAAUCAUGCCAACGCCCAUACCUAUGAGUAGUUCACACAAGCUUUGAUUUGUUUGACCUGGUCAUGAUGAUUGUGCAUAUUGUGCUCAGCCGUAAAUGCAGGAUGACUGUACCCAGCCAUGUGCACAACAAGAAGCUUUCAUCCGAGUGUACAUCGAUCUUGGUACAGCAAUCGCAGCGAAAAGAAAUCCUGCCGCAAUUGAUCGGUGUAAUUGCUUCACGGCGAGAUCCGAAGAUUACAAUACAAAAGAUUAACAGAGAAUUUGUUGGUUGAACACAUACAAAUAAAGUUAUCAUCGAAGGCUGG